AUGCGUCUCUACUCAGCCUUGGGCGUUGUCGCCUCGGCUGUUAGCCUGGGAGCCGCCCACCCAGGUGAUGAUCCGCACAAGGAGCUACACCAACGCCGAGACUUCAUGUCCAAGGUAGAGCGUACAGACUUGGCCCAUUGUGCGGAGAAGUUCAAGGCCCGCGGUAUUGACAAGCGCGCCAUCGAGCGCCGCAAGAAUAUCAUGCAGGAGAUGGCCCUUCGUCGUCGGUUCUCAGUCCGUGACCCAGAAGACAUCAACAAGUCUCAUCUCUCGCCUUACAAAUACGACUUGGACACCCCUCUGGAUGUCAUCUUCGGAAAUGGUACCUCUUGCCUGCUCAGUCCUGAAGCAACUGAGGGCCCUUACUAUGUUGCUGGCGAAUAUGUUCGGCAGGACAUCACUGACAGCGAGCCUGGUGUUCCCCUGGUUGUAGACUUUGAUGUCUUUGACGUUGAAACUUGCGAGCCACUCACUGACACAUAUGUCGAGAUCUGGAGCUGCAACUCCACUGGAAUCUACUCAGGCGUGUCUAGCGGUGGUGACUAUACCAGCGCCCCAGAGAAUCUGAAAACCACAUUCCUCCGUGGAUUCCAGAAGACGGAUGAUAUUGGGGCAAUCCGCUUUGAUGGCAUUUUUCCCGGUCACUAUUCUGGACGAACCCAGCAUAUCCACCUCAUGGUUCAUCCAAACGCUACUGAGCGUCUGAAUCAUACUGUUGAGGACAUCACCGCCAGCCACGUUGGACAGGUCUUCUUCGACCAGGAUCUCAUUGACAGUGUGGAGACUCUUGCACCCUACAACACCAACACUCAGUCGGUUACCAAGAACGCCGAAGACUUCCAUCUUGAGGCUAUCCUCGAAUCUAGCGACCCCUUCUUGCAGUACGUUCUUCUUGGUGACCAGCUCAGUGACGGUGUGCUCGCCUGGAUCAGCUUCGGAGUCAACACGACCUCUAUUCGCUCUGUCAGCGCCGCUGCCAUUUACUACGAGGGCGGCGGUAUCGAUAACCCCAAUGCUGGGGAUCCCGGCGGUGGUGGUCCCGGAGGUCCUGGAGGUCCCCCAACCGGCGACUUCCCUACUGGAACUCCUUUGCCAACCGGCACCCCGCUUGCCGUCUAG